AUCAUAUUGAUGGAACGUCGUUAUGCACAAAUUAAGUGUUUGAGGUAAACGAAAAAGGACCCUUUAAUAGAUUAUCCCAACACACACUGAACAAAACCAAAACGACACUAAUAGUUCUUACAACAUCAACCAUAAAGCAGGUUCUUGGUUCUUUUCAAUCCUGAUAGAGUGCACAUUGGAAGCUGCAAGUUUAUCGUUGCCUGAUGGGGAGUAGGAUGUGUUAGAGUAUGACUUCUAAAGCAGUGUUCUUUUUUUUGCAUGCAAUUAUCGCAUAGUACUUUAAAAGACGUAAAAACAAGAUAAAAAAGAAUGAAAAGUGCGUUUUUCUUGUCGUCGACGAUAUAUUCAGUGCAGCACUGCGAUUGAUGGAUGGAUAUGCACUGCGCUUGUGCCGACGUUGAUAAGAGGGCGACGUGCGCAAAGACCCACAGAUACCGAUCAACAAGGUGGGCAAGGGUUUGAAAAUUCUGUAGGUGCAACUUGUUCCUCAUUGAGUUGAAGACUGUGGCUACGUUUGUUGUCGAAGUGACAUCGACAUACGUAGCGUUUUCCGGUUCCUGAGAGCAACUACUCUUAAGUAGAACAAAGCCCAAGAUGAUCAAGGUGAAUGUGAAGAAGAACAGCGAGCAGUCUUUGCUGGACCGCAUUCGCGCCUUUCAGCGGUCAGCAGAGAACGGGAGCAAAAAAUGUGCGGACUGUCCACAGAUGGGUCCGACCUACGUCUGCUACCUAGACGAUUAUCGUUUCUUUGUUUGCACCAAUUGUAGCGGUAUUCAUCGAGAACUGAACCACAAAGUGAAAGGAAUCUCAGUCUCAAAAUGGACUCCAGAGGAAGUAGACGACAUCGUAAAUGGAGGCGGGAAUAAAGUAUUUACGAGUUUUCGGCUGUCUAGGAACUACGUCCUCUCUAUAUCUCUAUCUGUUUGAUGUUUUCGAUUCUUGUGACUUUUUUGGAAUUUCAAGCGCGUUGGGCUUUCUGGACGAUCGAAUGUUACCUAGACUAGUUAAGUAGCUAGAAGGCGCUUUUGUUUCGUUUAGGCGGUCAACCAAUCAUAUCAUCGUGAAUAAAUUUGUUCACGGACGUUUUUCUCCUAAAACUUCACAGCGUGCUUCUGCCUAUUACGGGGCUGAGUGGAAUCCUCGAGAUUACCAGGAACCCGACUCAGGAGAUAGCGGAAAAUUACGCGAGUUUAUCCGGCUGAAGUAUGUGGACAAAAGGUAGACUCGAUUUUCUAUUUGUUCGGAUGCCACUUUGAAUCAUUUUCACUGCCGGUUCCUUCAUGAUCUCUUUCUUUUCAUUGACAAUAACUAAAUAAUCACGCUGAUGCUAACUUCUCUGUGUUAGUAGUUUUGCUGGGCUAGACUCUCUUUAUGGGGUCGAAGAUACGAUUACGAAGAUUCACAGUUUUUCCUUCUUGAACCGAUGUUGAACACAGAUGGGCACCUAGAGGAGCGGGGUACUCCAACAAUAGGAGUAAGAAUGCGCCGCGAGGCGGGGACACUGGUUCUGGUGCGCCUGUUGAUUUUUUCGCGGAUGAUUUUGCUGCAGAGUCGCGACAGGCGCCGUCCGCAUCGUCUGGGGGACGGUCUUCACCGGAGAAAAAGAGCAAGAAGUCUCCACGCAAUCGGACGCCGUCCAGAGAGAAAACAGCUUUUCCAGCCGACAAUUUCGGGUUCGGCGACAACGAUAAUUUCAAUCCAAACUUUCCUUCUUCGGCUGCCAAGAGCGGCUUUGAAUUCGGUGGAGGGGCUUCAUCCUACGGGCCUGGAAACGCGGGUUGGGCAACCGGAUUCGACAGUAUGCCAGGAGCCAACCAGGGACAGCAGAGUAAUAAUAGACCUCCUGCACCUGGAGCAGGAGGACAAGCAUCGGUCGGUGGAGGCGGUGUAUCCAUGGACGAGCUUCUUAGCUUAGGGUCUUCGUCUGGUCCUGGUGGUGUAGGAGUUGCUGGCAACGCAGUCAGCUCUUCUACUUGUGUUCCUGGUAUGCCGAUGGCGCGAAUGGGAGGAGCAAGCGCAAGCUCUCGCGUGAUGAUGAACUCCUAUUCGUCUGCUCUGAAUCAGCCUUUUGCUGCUUCCGGACAGUUUGGCCAGCAGCAAUAUCAUGGUGCGAACCAGUUUGCUUCUGCGCAGCAACAAACUGGGGCACCCCAAUUUGCGAACCAGAUGAACUUGAACAAUAGUACAGGUGGAAACAUGCAGUUCCCACAGCAUCAGCAACCUGGAAGCACUGCAGCUCAGUUUAACCAGCAACAGGCACAGCCAUUCGGCCAUCAGCAACAGCCGCAACUGCCGGGGAAGCAGCAGUUUGGGGGCGCACCAGGUCACUUUUCUGGACAACAACAGACUUUUGCAGGUGUAUCGCAGUUUCCCGCACAGCAACAGCAACAGAAUUUUGAGCAGCCUCAACAACUUCCGGGGACUGGUCAACAACAGCAAAAUUUUGGGGUCGGGCAGCCGCAAAAUCAACUGGGACUCUCUCCUGGUGUUCCAUCUCCUUCAUCACAGUUCGUCCCUGGAGGAUCCGCGAGUUUCAGCGGUGCAGCCAACCUGCAAGGAAGUUUACCACUUGCCGGAAAUGGCAUGCUGAUCGACGGUACACAAGGACAAGUAGGCGGCUUCCCGGCAGCACCUGUAAUCCCACAGCAGCAACAGUUGGGGGGAAUCCCUCAAGUCGGUAAUUUUCCGGACCAGCGCAUGCGAAAUCCUUACUCAGACCUGCCGCAGCACUCGGGCAGCGGGAUAUCACGUAUACCUUCAUAUUCACUGGCUUAAUAUUUCAUUUUUUGUGUUUCAGUGCUAGGGAAGGAUCUUUGAAUGAUAUUUCUGAUCGUUGCAAGGGCGAUGGUACUGAGAUGAUAUAGCUAUUUUUCACGGAGUGGAAAUUACAACAAACAGACGUAAGAUCUCAUCAACUUCCAAAACAGAUUCGCUAGAGACUAUUACGGUGCCGGCGUUGACGCAGGAGUUUGUGCGGAAACUUUCCGUCGAUGAAUGCCGCGAAAUAUCAGAUAGGAUGCAGGUGCAAAUGCAGGCGCUCAUGCAGCACAUACGAAUGCAGCAAGAACAGCUAGUGAAGCAGAUGAAGAGAAAUCCUUUUAUCUCUCCGUCCGGCAGCAAAAGUAGUGGGCCAGCUGGUUUACAUGCUGGCAGUCAAGGAACCACUCCGGGAAGUCAGGGACAGCUAACUGGUGGCGGUGGACAAUCCGCAUCAACGGGGACUGGAGCGGCUGCCUCAGGAGAGUCUGGAAAUCCAUUCCACGAACUCGCAAACUUGUCCCCUGCACUUUCACAAAACGCGAAUAAGAACCCCUUUUUAGCCUCAUCAACUGUUGCGUCUGCUCCUCCUGCCGCAGCAAAAACACCCGAGGCAUCCAGUGGCAACCCCUUUGACCUCUUCUGAUGCUGCUCACUGACUUAUUUCGCUUCUGAGCACGCACCACCCGAACAACAUAGUUAAUCCAUUCCACAAGUCGCACACUCAGUCGUGGCUUCUAUGCAUAAUUCAUUUUACGCCAUUCGAUUCCUGAUCGUAGCAAGAAAUAGAUCGAGCAAUUUGAAAAUGAAAAUAUGGCAGCUCGAGCCACGAUUUUCGCAUCUAGGUACUUAUGUCGUGGGAGAGCUAGGGCAACGCCAAGUGGCCUCACAAUAUAUUUGUACGAAGCAGAUGCAUCUCGAAGACAGGUAUAGAAUCAACCAG